AUGGAGCAUCACAAGAGAUCGUGGAAGAGUGAGGAGAGGUGUUUGGGUUGUGGAGGUGCGAUGAAGGCUGUAAGGGGUUGCGAGACUAGUGGGAUUGAGGAGGUGAGAGCUAUGAGUGGAUCGAUUGGAUGGGUGCAACAACAAGGUGUGCGAUCGGGCCGUGGGAGGAAGAGAUCGAUGAUUGGAUUCGAGUGGAACGAGUCCGUCCAAACAGGCGCUCCAAUAGUUAGAUUGAGAUCAUGGAACAAGGACAAUCUUUGGCCAUAUGAGUUUGCAAAAUUGCAAACCAUUUCUUGA